UACGUCAUUUCCCAGCCCAACCCAACCCCAAAAAAAACUUACAGGGAAAAAACGUUGGAUUGUCAUUCGGGAGGUGAACGAACUCCUUUUAAUUUUUAGACUGCAACAUUACUAAACGAAGAUUGCAAAUUAAUUAUUUUUUCGGAUACCACGCGAACUCCUGAGUUCGGAAACAGUAAAAUAAAAUAAUUUUAAAAAGUUUUUUUGGGUGUUCGCCGAGUUCUAUAGUUUUUGGGACUAUUUUUUGUCUCCUGGAGGAAACCGGAUCUCCGCUCAGGCGACUCAAAGCAGAACCUCAAGCCCCUGAACGACUGAGAAAGGGGAGAGAGAAAAGAGAAAAGGAGGAAGAACGAAAACAGAACAGACUGGGAAAUAAGUGGAACUAACAACUUAAAACAAAACAAAACCGGCAGACCAGAUUUAAUAUCAAACCGAAAGAAAACACAACAGCUGAUUACUCAGACAAGCACACAGAUACAAAGAGACGUCGAUCAACACGUAACUGCAUUUAGACAAAUAGAGACAUUCUCAAUAUCAACACAAAGAACCUGUACCGUGACUGACUCACAAACUGAUACUGACGUGUAUAAAGUAAUUCGAAUUGUAAUACUGUAGAUGCAGACUAGACUGGGGAAUAUAUUGUAUACAUUUGCUCUUCCGAGAUCGAUGUGUGUAGCUGGCAGUCUCAAACUGACAGGCGAUAGGUUUUAGCUGUAGAGACAGAAACACUGUUAAUUUAUAACUGAAUAUCAGAACAGUUAUGAAUAGGAUUGGUUAAAAGAAGGAAAGAAAGACUCCACUGAAAGGCGAUUUUCCUUUGAUCCAGUGACACACACAGGCACGCUCCUCAGUUUGAAGAGCUCUGCUGGUCUCUGAGGUGAGCUCUGCCCGGUGCAGCUUCCCCCUCAAGGCGACACACAGAUGCUCCGCGUGGACAGAUUGUGAGUCCGUGCAGCCUGGUACAAGUCCAGACGGGUUCAUUGGCUCCCGGCACGCUUGUGGUCUGAAAUACCGACACGAACUGAGACCGAAGAAGCGAGAGGCAGAGAGACGCGGACGCGACCAGACGAGACACAGAAAGAGCAGAGAUGCCGAUUCUCAAGCCUUCCCGUAGCCAUAGCGACGGCGUGGGCGGGGCUAACUCCUUCCGCCGCCCCCGAUUGGACCCCACCAUGAUCUCUGCCCCCUUGGGAGACUUCAGACACACCAUGCAUGUGGGGAGGGGCGGAGACGCCUUCGGGGACACCUCCUUCCUGUCCAAUCACGGGCCGGCACCCAAGUCCACACCCCCUGUGCCGGACCCCGUUCACCAGCCAGGCAAAGCUGCCAUGACAACAACGACCAACAACAACAACAAUGACAGAGGUAACAAUGGAAACAGCUACGAUUCCACCACACCAAGCGUGGCUGCUGGAAGCUACGCAGCCUCUAUGGAAGCUGGGAGGGCUGUUGACUCACCCAAUAUGGCUGCCAGUGGAUACAGCAAUGGCCCCUCCCACCCUCCUCUCAAACACUCUGAGUCCAUCUCCUCCUUCAGCCUCGACUUGGAUCUGGGGCCCUCCAUGUUAGGGGAAGUUUUAGGGGUGAUGGAAAGAGAUGACCAGGUCGACACAUGGGCGGGGCUUAUCGGCAAAGAGGCGGGGCUAGAACCGGGCAGUAAAACUAAGUGGGAGGGAACUGGGGGAGAGGGAGUUCAAGGAAAUGGGGAAGGGGGAGGGGGAGGGGAGAGGUCUAGAGCAGAGAUAGGGUCAGUCCGAGAAACUGAUUCGACAAACGGAAUUCCCAGCUCCCAAGAUGACACCCCUUGUGAAAGCCAAGACCACACCCCCAGGAACGGAAGCCACGCCUCUUCGGUGAGCUCAGAGUAUGAAGGGGUGAGUGAGGGAGAGAGGGAGAGAGAGAGGCAGCCCAAGCUUGGAGGGGGUGAAAUGCUGAGGGCUAGUUUGCAUAAGAAGCCCCCUCUGGAUCUAUCAGAUUCGGAGGAGGAAGAGGAUGGGCAGGGCUACGUGUUCGAAGAUGAUUUUGACGAUGAGAUCGGCCUAUAGGAGACCUGCUUUGUUUUUUUUUGUUUUUUUUAGUGGGCGGGUUAAAAAAAAAAUACAAAAUAUGAAACUGUGGACUUUCAAAGUUGUCAAUCCUUUAUUUUUUUUGGUGCCAUUUCUCAACGGCAUUUCUGGACUAAUAGUUAAGGAUGUAUGGUGGGGGGUGUGGUUACUUUUUUACAAAAUUUCUGGGGGAAACCUCUGUAACCAUCAUCUUCCCAUGUAUGACCACUUUAUUGGAAACUAGGUUGACUUUUUUAAAGUCCUCUGCAGCCAUCAUCUUCCCACAGUGGUCACAAGUUGCUUCAUUCCAACCAAACCUAUCGACUUACAGUAGACAGAGCAGUAGUUCUACAAUCCUUUCCACUCCACUUUAACUCGCACCUUUUUCACUGCCUCCCUCAUCACUGGAUACAGUUGAAGUAGCAGUCGUUACGAUUUAACAAAAAAUAAUACGGGUGUAAGACUACCAUGGGACUGAUUCACCUGCCAUAGCACUGUCAAUAGCACACCAUGGGGCUGAUUAACCUGCCAUAGCACUGUCACUAGCACACCAUGGGACUGAUUCACCUGCCAUAGCACUGUCACUAGCACACCAUGGGGCUGAUUCACCUGCCAUAACACUGUCAAUAUGGUGUAGGGCUGCCAUUUUUAUAUACCAUAAAGCAGAAUACAUAUCAGGGAUGUAUACAAAACCUAAUCCAUCACAGGACAGUAUGUGCUACAUAAUGCCGGUAUUCCCAAAUUAUUUGACCACAAUUGUAUCCGAAAUUGUUAAUACCACACCCCCCCCCCCCCAUUAAUAAAAACCUCCAAUGUAAUACUUUUCUGAAGUAUAUGUUAUAUAUAUAUAUGUUAUUUGUUUGUGUGUAUGUCUGUAUAAGUUUAUAUAAAAACACUAAUCGCAUGAACAAAUGUAUAUAGUUGGUAAGAAAUGUUUCUUUCGUUUUCUUCUCUUCAAUUGUUAUUAUCCUCUUGUCAUCUUAAAACACAGAAGUCAAGUAAAACUUUAUAUAAAGACCACCUCAGUCUGAAGGCCACUUUCUGUUCCUAUUGACAACAAUGCAAAGCCAGCUUCAAUAGUAACACUAUCCCCUCUAUUCAGUAAUAAGACCACCCCCUCUAUUCAUUAAGACAACCCCCCAUAUUCAAUAUUAAGAUAUGAGGAAGGCUGUUUUCCCCCCUCCCCUUCAUCUCCCCUGUCUUUCUCUGCCUUCUCCUCCUCCUCCCCUCUCUCUCCUCUUGUUAGGAAUAUAAGAAACCACAUUUGUUUCUAAUGAAAUCCUUUAUAUAUAUAUAUAUAAAAAAUAUAUUUUUCUAAAACAAAAACGUUCCAAAAAAAUUGUAAAAAAACAUUGGAGUGUUUUUCUCCGUUUUUUUUAACCAAUAUACUUUUGUUCUGCAUAUCUUUAAAAAGUUUAUUUUUAAAGUUAUUCUCUGACAUUCCUCUGAGUUUUGCUGUAUCUCAAUUAAAAAUGUUUAUCUGUUCAGUGCAA